AUGUCUUUUUCGAUUCCUCGAGCAAAUCCCUCUCGCGCUCUUGAUAUCUUAUGCCGUCCAUGGGCCCCAGAGCUCCCCGGGGAAAGGUUUCCUUCCUGGAUCGCAACACUUACGAACGCAGCCUACAAACCCGUCGAUCGCAGUGCCCUAGGCCGAAGAUUGAUUCGAAGAAAUCCUGAUCCGCUUGUUGGAGACGCGGACGUUACUAUAUAUACUGCAUCAAGGGCAAUCGGUCCACCCAAGAUAACAAGUCUUUUCAAGUACUGGAAUUCUGUUGACCGGAGUAUGUUCCUACAAGGUUUUGUGCUGGACACGGUUGCCCAACUCGAAUUCCCUUCCCAGCUUGGCCACAUACCUCCAGAGUGGCCUACUCUAGCUGGGUGGAAGCCUAAAACUGGUCCGCCCCCAGAAGAGUUCUGGAGAACUUUAGUUGCAGAUCGGGGACCAGACGGAAGAGAUCCGCCCUCAUUUUAUGGGCCAGCAUGUGAAACUGUCUUCCAAGAAGCAACGGAUGAAACACUAGACACGUCUAUGCUGAUUAAUCAUGGAAGUUCAGUUAUUUCAGAUUUUCUUAAGAGAGUGCAAGCAGUCAUUUGGAACAGAAGGAUGAUGCGCACCGGGAACUCAUGGCUUGGCUUGGCACCCAAAGGCGCUCAAGAAGGGGAUUUGAUAUGCAUCCUCUAUGGGUGCAGUGUGCCUGUUGUUCUCCGGAAAGUCGAAAAGAGUCAGGAAGAUCUUGAGAAUGAACUAAAAGACGACGAAAUCCGAAAAGCCAACAUUGUUGAGUACAUUGCAAAGAAUUUAGCAGCAAAGGCACGCCGCAAGCGACUUGACAAAGCCAAAGAACCAGACAAGACCUUCCCCCAGAAUGAUACCGAAAGGUCAAGAAAGCGUGCAGCGUUAUCUGACCCAGAACCUGCUUCAAGAGUCUUAAACAAGAAGGCACAUGUUGAAUUCGACUCUACAGACCCCGGUCGGAAACCUACAGUUUCAAAAGGCGCACAGGCUCCGGGUUACUAUUACAGAUUGGUUGGGGAGUGCUAUGUUCACGGGAUGAUGAACGGAGAGUCAUUGACAUUUAGAUGGAACUAUAACCAGGGAAAGCGACUAAGUGGUUUGGAGGAUCGGAUUAUUAGCAAAACGUUUGAACUUAGAUAA